AUGGGACGCGGUGGUAGUGGUGGUGGAGGCCGUGGAGGCCGUGGUGGGGGCCGUGGUGGACGCGGAGGCCGGGGAGGAGGCCGUGGGGGUCGUGGUCGUGACAAAUCGAGUCAUCGCCGACAAGCAGCGGAGCGUGAUGCGGGGGCUUGGGAGAACGAGCGCGUGGCCUCAGCCAUUGAUGGGCGCGAACGAGACACGGGAGAGCCAUCCAAGUUGGUGUUCGAGCUGGCCAUGUGGGACUUUGCACAGUGCGAUCCAAAGAGGUGCACGGGGCGCAAGCUCAUCCGCAUGGGAUUGUGCCGUGAGCUCACACUGCGCAACACGUUCAAGGGCAUUGUGCUGAGUCCAGAUGCCAAGCAGUGCCUCUCACCGACGGACAAGGACUUUGUUCUUGAGUCCGGCAUUGCCGUCGUUGAUUGCUCUUGGGCCGAGCUCGAGGCCGUGCCUUUUACAAAAAUGCGCGCCAACAAUGUUCGCUUGUUGCCCUAUCUUGUCGCUGCCAAUCCGGUCAACUACGGCCGGCCUUUGAAGCUCUCCUGUGUCGAGGCCUUUGCGGCCUGCUGUUAUAUCCUGGGGCUGCAAGAAAUGGCCGUCGAGCUUCUGGCCAAGUUCAAGUGGGGCCACUCAUUUCUCGAUCUGAAUGUAGAGCUGCUGGACAAGUAUGCUGCCUGUCAAUCAUCAGAGGAGAUGCUUGAGUGUCAAGCGCAGCAUAUGCAGCAACUGGCAGAUGAGGCCGAAACCCGGCAAACCUUUUCAUACGACUUGAGUGAUCUGGAUCUUGAAGGUGAGGGCCAGCUCAAUGCUAGUAUGCAGCACUUUGAGCUUCAUGGCGAGGAGGAUGAUGAGGACGAGGCCGAGGACAAGAGCGAGGAUGCGGAGGAUGCGGAGGAGGACCAAGAGAAUGACGAGUAG